AUGACAUCAUCCAGUUACAUGCUAGAACGUGAACUUCUUGGUUCAGCACGAACUAUAAUUGAUGCACACUCAAAUGCUACACUUACUCAACCAUCUCAAAAUAAUACUUUCCGAGGAUCAUAUGGAAUAUCAAGUCAGUUACCAUAUCCAACUACAACUCCAAGUUAUCAUCACCUUGGAUACGGAAAUAAUGCUCCAGAUAAUUAUGAAUCAAAAAAAGCUUUAGCUGAUUUACAAGACCAAAUGCGUGUAUUGAAAAAAGAUUUAGAAAAAAAAGAUGGACUUAUUCAAGAGUUAACAUCCAUGAGAGAUUCAAAUAAACAUGUUCAUUUCGAAUCAGAUAGAUAUGAAUCAUUACUUGGUCAAGACCGAACAUCAUUUGAAGCAGCUCGACGUGAACUUGAUCAAUAUCGAAUGAAAGUCGAAGGAUUAACUCAAGAUUUACGUGAAAUAACAAUAAAAUCAUCUGCUAAAGAUGAACGUAUAAAUGAAUUAAAACAUGAAAUUGAAUCAUUAAAAAAAGAACAUGAUUUAGUUAUUCAUGCUAAUAAUCAAUUACGUUUACGUGUACGUGAACUUGAAUCAAAUGUUACUUCAUAUGAUUCUGUUGCUAAUAAAUCAUCGUUAACAAUAUCAUCAUUACAAAAAGAUAUUAAAGAAAAACAAGAUCAAUUACUUGAAUUACAAUCACGUAUAAGAACUCAUAUGGAAGAACGAGAAACAAGUGAAAGAAAAACAGAUACUUUAAAUAAAAAAUUACAAGAAUUAUUUUCACAAUUAAGUGUUACACUUGGAGCAGAUUACGGACAAUCAAAUACAGCUGCAUUUGAUAAAGUUAUGACUAGAGUUGCUGAUAUUAAUGCUGAAAAUACAUUGUUAAAAGGUAGAAUGAUUAAAAUAGAAGAAAUAAAUCGAUCAUUAGAAAAUGAAGCUCAAGCAAAUCGUUCAACAAUUCAACAAAUGUCAAAUCAAUUACAUUCAUUUGAAAGCUAUAAUGUAAAUCAUCGUUUACAAAUUGAUUCAAUUAAAGCUGAACGUGAUGCUGCACUUAAUGAUAAAGAAACAAUAAAAAAAGAACUUGAAACAGUUAAAUCACGUUUAGAUUCUGUGCAAAAAGCUUGGCAAAAUGCUCGUGGUGAAUUAGAUCAACGUGAAAAUAGAUUUUCAUCAAAUGAGCUGCAUUUAAAACAAAUAGAAAAUGAUUCACUUUAUACAAAAUCAUGUUUCGAUGCAUUUAAACAACAAAUUAGUCAAUUAUUAUCUGAUGGUUAUGUUAAAGUUGAACCAAAAGAAGAUGAAAUUAAAGAAAAAAUACAUUUAUUAAUGCAAUCAAGUAAAGAUCGAGGAAUUAUUAUAACAAAUUUACAAAAUCAAAAAGAACAAUUAUCAAAACAAUUACAAGAACAGAUUGAAUCGAAUAAAGACACAGACAAAAAACGACGUCAUACUGAAUCUCAUAUAUUGGAAUUAGAACAAAAAGUAAAAACGCUUGAUAAUAAUUAUACAACAACAGAAGUUUAUCGAGAAAAUCUUAAACAAGAUAAAGCUAAAUUUCUUCAUUUUCUUGAACGUCUUGCUUCAAUAAUGAAAAUUGAAAAUGUAUCAAAUGAACUUGGUUAUGAAUUAAAUCCUGAUGUUAUUUUAACACGUGCAGAACAAUUAAUGAGAUCAGAAAAUGAUUCUAUUGUUGAUCAAAAAACUUCAAUUUAUAGUUUACAAAGAAAAAUUAAACAAUUAAAAGAACAAAUUGAAAAUAAAGAUUUACAUUUAGAUUUAUUAAGAAAAAAAGUUAUUAGUUUAGAAGAAGGACGUGCAGCUAAAACAGAUUUAGAACGUGAAAUUGAUGAUCAUGUUGUAUUAUCAAGAAAAAUGAAAACUAAAGUUGAAACUUUAACACAACAAGUUAAUGAUUUAAAAAGUGAAAAUACUCAAUUAAAAGCACAAAUGACAGAUGUUCAUACACUUAAAGGUCGAUUAGCUGAACGAGAAAAAGAAAUUCGUCGUCUUUUAGAAGACCUUAGUAAAUUAGAAAAUACACGCGAUAAACAAGCUGUUAAAAUUUCAACAUUACAAGAUAAAAUACAUUCUGUUGAUGAUGAAGCUAAUCGAACAUUAUUUUCAUCUGACAAUGCUGUACGAGCUUUAUCAAACGAAUUAAGAUUCCUAAAAGGUUCACUUGAACAAGUUACUGAACGAGAACGACGCUUAAUUGAUUUCCGUGCUUUAAUAGCUCGUAUGCUUGGUCUUGAUGCUAAAACAUUAGCUGUACCUGAUUAUGAAAUAACAGCUCGAUUAGAACGUCUUCUUACUGUUGUUCAACCAGCUAUGGCAAUUCCUUUUGUUCAAGUACCUACUUCAACAACAAAAUCAACAACUAUUACUCAACAACAUCAAUCUCCUUAUCAUAAUUAUCAUCAUCAUCAUCAAAAUACUCAUUCAGCCCAUGGACGUCGUCGUAGUCCAAGUCCGAUAUCUCGACGAACAGAAGGCAAUCAUCGUGCACGAUCACUUUCACCAUUACAUGUUGGAAUUGAUCCAAGAACAUAUUAA